CAUUUUUCCGCUGCAGGCCUGAAAAGGCCCCCGUGGUCGAUGUUUCGUGUUGUUUUAUGUCUGUAAAGUCGUUUAUUGUUUGUUUUCAGGGGUCGUUAUUCUCAGGCAGCGGACAGCAGGUUAUUAUUAAUACACCCCGCUCGUCCGUGUGUGGGGCUUUUAACUCCCACAAUGACUCUUGGUUGUCUCAGGUUGGUUUUGUGUCAUGCAGCAAGGGGUGCUUGCCAUCCUGUUCGCUCUACCAGCCCAGUUACUCUUCUCCUUCCACAUAAACCCCAACCCUGCAAGCCCCUGAGUGCCUACCUGGGCAUGACUGUCCAGCAGUGGAACCCAUUCUCCACAGCAGUGGGGGGCAGUGAGGAAACCGAAGAGAGUGAACCCCAAAAGAAGAAGAAGAAACAAGACCCCAAAGCUCGAGUCACCAUCGGUAGUGUUGGCAGGAAGAUUCACCAGCGCCACCUACAGCUGCUGGGCGAGGACGGCGGGGAUUUGGGCGUGAUGCACCGGGCAGAUGCUUUGAGGCUGAUGGAUGAAAAAGGACUGAAAAUGGUCCCUAUAAACGAACACUCUGACCCUCCGGUGUUCCGGCUAAUGAGCGGCAAACAGAUACACGAAGAGCAGAUGAAACUGAGGGAGAAACAGAAAGCCAAGGCAGCAGGCUCUGUUCAGGUGAAGGAACUGACCAUGUCCUCAGACAUUGCCCCGCACGACCUGGACACCAAACUGAGGCAAGUGGCACACUGGCUGGACAAGAAACAUCACAUCAGGCUGACUCUGAAGGCUGGAGGAGGCAGCAGCAGUGAUACAGCUUUGGAUACACUUCUGGACCAAAUGGUGGAGAAGAUGUCAGUGCCUGUGGGUUUUGUGUCAAAAACCAGAAUUAUACGUGAGGGACGAGCCGCCAUGUGCAUCCUGCGUCCUCCGUCUGGCAAAGAACUGCAAAAACAAGGAGCAAAAACCUCCAAGCCAGAACCUGGCCCACAGAAACCAGCGUCUACCUCCCAGCCUGACCGGUCAGAAGACUCACAGCAGCAGUGAAAUCAUGACAUAAUAAAACAGAUCUUCAUACAGA